AUGCGGGGCCGGCGGCGCGUGUACGGCGUGGAGCCGCUUGGCGGCCGGGAUGGGGCAGCCGAGGGCUUGGCACGUGGCUGCGUAGUGCCCGGAGUCGCCAGCACCUACCGCCGGAUCGCAGAGGCUGCUCCCGCGCGCUCCUCGGGCUCCUGGAAGGGAGAUGGCGACCUGAGGACCCUGCGGCGGCAGGUGCCCCUUCUCAAACUGGCCUCCCGGGACUCGGGAGUGGAGAUGGCAGUAGGGGACAGCCCCCUGGCCACCUUGCCUGGCUCUGCUCAGGACUUUCUGGACUUGGAGCCCGCCGGGAGCGCUGAGCCCCCCGCCCGGCGAGGCCGGACGCUGGCCAGCCAGAAGCUGGAGCAGGCGCUGGAGCGCUCCCGCCGCCUCCCACCUCCCCCUGCCAACUUGGCGGGACAGCGCGACUCCCCGCAGCCACCAGGCAAGCCUGAGUGUGGCGUGUACCUUUUUGGAGCAACAGAACACGAGUGCACUGGGGCAGAAACAGACCCAGAGGCAGGCCUAGAAGGAGAGGUGGUGGCGCGGUUGGAGCCUGGAACGUGGGCCUGCCUCCCAGGGCAGGGCCUUCGCUACCUGGAACACCUGUGCCUGGUGCUGGAGCAGUUGGCCAGGCUCCAGCAGCUUUACCUGCAGCUGUGGAGCCAGAGGCUCCCUGGGGUGAGUGGGUCCCAGGACCCCGAAGGGGAGGAGCCGGCCCUGGCUACUGCACCUCUCUCCUCGGACAGCCUGGGAAGCGGGGUGCAGGGGCCGUGGGAGCUGCUGCACCAGACAGAGCAGGCAGAAGGGGUGGAGGCCGCUUUACCCCCAAAGGUGUGGGUGCCCACUGCCAACCCUCCCAGGCUGCCGGAGGCCCCCGUGGAGCCAGCUAACUCCCCAUCCUCUCAGGGACAUAAGCGAGACGUCUCCCACUGGGACAAGGUCAAGGUCUUGCUCAACCGGCUCCGCUGGAGGAAUCCUCGACACCCGGAGCCCCUCGCCCCUCCUGGUGGUUCUGGCUCAAGGACUGGGUCUAGGGACCUCCCUGAAGGGCCUCAGUACCACCCCCACCGGAACACCUAUAUGCCAUCCUCAGUGGUUAAGAAGCAACGAGCCAAAAACCUUUCUGUAUGUUGAGCCCUCCUGGGGCACCUGGUGAUCCUGGGUGGAGCCUCCUUGGCCCUUGUUCCCGCUGCUGCUUUCUCUGCAUUGCCAAGGAUCGGCUGCUGCCGCCCGUGCUUGUCUCUGGGCUCAGGGCUGAGUCUCCCGCCAACAGCUCGCAGCGGCUCCAGGCCUCCCGCUCUUUGCCGGAAGCUCCCGGCUUAGACCGCGAGAACGAACUUAUUUAUCAGGUGCCGGUGGCAUGCGUCUGGGCCCAGCACGCUGCAGCUGUGUGUAUGCACAAUAAUAUAGCAGUCUUUGCUGGCCGUCGGUGGUGUCAACUGGCUGGACCCAACCAGUUGUCCUGGAAUCACGCGUCCCAAGCGCUGGUCCUCUGGCCCUUCUGAGCUGUGAAAGAACUGACCUCCAGACGGCAGUGAGCUGAUCCGAUACCGACUUGCGUCCUUGCACCUGCACGGGGGCCAGGACACAGCUUUGGCUUGUCUGCACCCUGCGUUGCGUCUUGCCCUGGAGCAGAGCACCGGGGCGGGGAGGGUCUGGGACCACGCGGGGCGUCGGAGUUCGGUUGCUCUGCUCCUUGCUGGCUUUACCACGUCAGAGCUGAACGCAGAGGCCCGCGGCGACAGAUCUCUGAGCCACAGCCUCCCACUCGGGGUGACGCCAGCCCUACCUACCUCACAGUCUUGUUAUGAGGAUCAAGUGAGAUUAAACCGCCUCAAAGUGCC